UAUAUAAUAUACUGCGUCUAAAAUAUCGGUGUCAGUAUCGACUUUGAAGUGCUGCAACGAACUUUAGAAUCAUCACGUUUUAGAAUACUCCAAGAUCAACGAAAUGAAGAUUGUAGUGUUCGUCGUGUGCGUGCUGGUUGCCAUCACGAUGAGUGAUGCGCAAAAUGUGUUUGAAAGUAUUAUACAAACUGUAACAUCAAAGGCAAUCGAUUUAAAAGAACUGAUUGAUUUGCCUCUAACACUUGCAGCAUGCACCUUUAAAAUGGGUUUAUCCAAGAUUGGCAGUCCCGAAAUAUCCUAUUGUGUAGCAGAAAAGAAAAACUUAAUCAAUGAACAAGGUGAAAUAAAAUGGGAUGAGACUUUGAUUUUUGCUAAAAAAAUCUUUCGCGAUGAAACUCAAAUAAAUUAUUUAAACGAGAUGAUACAAAAAUGUAAAGAAGAAGGCGAUAAGUUUGAAGGAAACCAAUAUGAAAAAACCAUAAAAUCUAUAGAAUGCGUAUUGUCAAUGAUAAAAAAAAAAUUUAGUAUUUUUAUGUAAGCUGUCUCAUCACUGAAGUGGAUAAUGUUUAAGGAGCUAUGAAAUAAAUGCAAUUAUUGAAAUAGAAUAAGGACUCUGAAGUAAUGCAGUUGAAGAAUUUCUUACAAUGACCAAACAAGUCUAUUUAAAAAAAAUUCCAAUGGCGCCAAAUCACUUUUUUUAAUAGCGUCACAUCGUGAACAAUUUUGCUUUAAAAUAGUCAAAACUCUGAAGAAUCAAAUAAGAAACAAAAAAUAUCAUAAUAACAUAAAUAGAUAAUAAAUACAAAAUUUUCAUAAAAGCCAAAUAAAUUUAAAAGUUUCAAAAAUUUAUAAAAACGACUGGUUUAUCUACUUUGUUACAAGUUUUUGUUGCACUGAAUAAACGUGUUGCUACCGGUAUUAA